CAUAACCUUCCGUCCCGUGUCGCAUGCAGACAAAUUGGAUGACACACAGGCGACCUUCCACUCUCUCUUGCUCGGUCACCCCCACACAUUCACGCCUUUUAAAACCUCCAUAUAUUUCACGUUUCUCUUUCACGUCCAUUUCACUUCCAUUUCACUUCCCACUACUCGUCUGGCUCCAUCCUUUUUAACUACCACUCCCAUCGAUACUCUCUUCCCCAUCCCCAUCCCCACCUCUCUCUCUCUCUCUCUCUUUCUCUCUCUCUCUCUCUCUCUGUGUGUGUCUCUGUAGUACUGCAACAUGAACAGCUCGAGAGAUUGGCCCGAGCCAAUAGUUCGCGUCCAAUCCUUGUCCGAGAGCGAGAUACCCGUGAUUCCUGACCGAUACAUCAAGCCGCCAAGUGAUAGGCCGUCCUAUAACUCGGAUAUUGUGGAUGCUGGCGAUGAUGAUAAUGAUAAUAUCCCAAUCAUCGAUCUUCAAGGCUUAAAUGGCGACGACGAGACUCUCCGGGCCACCAUACUUACUCAAAUAUCCGAGGCUUGUAAACACUGGGGUUUCUUCCAAGUUCUCAACCAUGGAGUUAGUACCCAACUUCUGGACCGCGCCCAGGAUGUUUGGCGCGAAUUUUUUCACUUGCCAAUGGAGAUUAAGCAAGCUUUUGCUAACUCACCAAAAACUUAUGAAGGCUAUGGCAGCCGCCUAGGAGUUCAAAAGGGUGCCAUUCUUGAUUGGAGCGACUAUUAUUUCCUUCAUUACCUUCCAUUAUCGUUAAAGGAUUACAACAAAUGGCCUUGCCUCCCCGAUUAUUGCAGGGAUGUGAUCGACGAGUAUGGGAAAGAAUUAGUGAAGCUUUGUGGGAGGAUAAUGAAACUUCUGUCAAUAAACCUGGGGUUGGCAGAGGAUGUUCUUCAAAAUGCAUUUGGCGGCGAAAAUAUUGGGGCCUGCCUGAGGGUGAACUUUUAUCCCAAGUGUCCGCAGCCGGAGCUGGCUCUUGGUUUGUCAUCACACUCGGAUCCCGGCGGCAUGACACUGCUCCUUCCCGAUGCCCAAGUCCCCGGUCUUCAAGUCCGUAAAGACAACAAGUGGAUCACCGUCAAACCGGCUCGUCACGCUUUUAUUGUCAAUAUUGGCGAUCAAAUUCAGGUUCUAAGCAAUGCAAUUUACAAAAGCGUGGAGCACAGAGUGAUUGUAAAUUCAACCAAAGAGCGCGUCUCCCUCGCCUUCUUCUACAACCCAAAGAGCGACAUCCCCAUUGAGCCGGUGAAGGAGCUUGUGGCGCCGGAAAAGCCUGCUCUGUACCAACCGAUGACGUUCGAUGAAUACAGGCUUUUCAUAAGAUUGAGGGGUCCUUGUGGCAAAUCCCAAGUGGAGUCACUCAAAUCUCCAUAACACGCUUUUCUUCACUGUAAAUGAACAUGUACAACAAUCCCUUCAUUGACUUUUGGAUCCACUGUACAUCUUGUAAUCAUGAAGCAAUUCAUUAAAACAAAAUUGGAAAUAGCAAAUACAGAGAAUUUAGAGAUU